AUGCCUGUGGCUGCUCGAUAUAUAUUUUUGACCGGCCUAUUUUUGCUAUCUGUAGCUAAUGUUGCUCUAGGUACUACAGAGGCUUGUUUGCCAGCUGGAGAGAAGAAAAAUGGUAUGACUAUAAACUUUUACCAAUAUUCCUUAAAAGAUUCAUCUACAUACUCAAAUCCGUCAUAUAUGGCCUAUGGUUAUGCUGAUGCAGAAAAACUGGGUUCUGUAAGUGGGCAAACAAAGCUUUCCAUCGAUUAUUCCAUCCCAUGUAAUGGCGCAUCAGAUACUUGUGCUUGUUCCGAUGAUGAUGCUACUGAAUAUAGCGCUUCCCAGGUUGUACCAGUGAAGCGUGGCGUUAAACUUUGUUCUGAUAAUACAACUCUUUCUUCUAAAACUGAGAAACGUGAAAAUGACGAUUGCGAUCAAGGCGCUGCCUACUGGAGUUCAGAUCUGUUCGGAUUCUACACAACACCCACCAACGUAACCGUGGAAAUGACAGGUUACUUUUUACCACCAAAAACUGGUACCUACACAUUUGGCUUCGCUACUGUGGAUGAUUCAGCAAUUUUAUCGGUUGGAGGUAAUGUUGCCUUUGAAUGUUGUAAACAGGAACAGCCUCCUAUCACAUCAACGGAUUUCACUAUUAACGGUAUUAAACCAUGGAACGCAGAUGCACCUACCGACAUAAAGGGGUCAACGUACAUGUACGCCGGUUACUAUUACCCGAUCAAAAUUGUUUAUUCAAAUGCUGUAUCCUGGGGUACGCUUCCUGUUAGUGUGGUAUUGCCAGAUGGUACUGAGGUUAAUGAUGAUUUUGAAGGAUAUGUUUUUUCUUUUGACGAUAAUGCUACUCAAGCUCACUGUUCCGUUCCAAACCCUGCUGAGCAUGCAAGAACUUGUGUAUCAUCUGCAACAUCUUCCUGGUCGUCCAGUGAAGUCUGUACAGAGUGUACCGAGACCGAGUCUACCAGUUAUGUGACACCAUAUGUCACUAGCUCUUCCUGGUCGUCCAGUGAAGUCUGUACAGAGUGCACCGAGACCGAGUCUACUAGCACCUCUACUCCAUAUGUCACCAGCUCUUCCUCGUCGUCCAGUGAAGUCUGUACGGAGUGCACCGAAACUGAGUCUACCAGUUAUGUGACACCAUAUGUCAGCUCGUCUACUGCUGCCGCAAACUACACUAGCUCAUUCUCAUCGUCCAGUGAAGUCUGUACAGAGUGCACCGAAACUGAGUCUACUAGCACCUCUACUCCAUAUGUCACUAGCUCUUCCUGGUCGUCCAGUGAAGUCUGUACAGAGUGCACCGAGACCGAGUCUACCAGUUAUGUGACACCAUAUGUCAGCUCGUCUACUGCUGCCGCAAACUACACUAGCUCAUUCUCAUCGUCCAGUGAAGUCUGUACAGAGUGCACCGAAACUGAGUCUACUAGCACCUCUACUCCAUAUGUCACUAGCUCUUCCUCGUCGUCCAGUGAAGUCUGUACAGAGUGCACCGAGACCGAGUCUACCAGUUAUGUGACACCAUAUGUCAGCUCGUCUACUGCUGCCGCAAACUACACUAGCUCUUUCUCAUCGUCCAGUGAAGUCUGUACAGAGUGCACCGAAACCGAGUCUACUAGCACCUCUACUCCAUAUGUCACCAGCUCUUCCUGGUCGUCCAGUGAAGUCUGUACAGAGUGCACCGAGACCGAGUCUACCAGUUAUGUGACACCAUAUGUCAGCUCGUCUACUGCUGCCGCAAACUACACUAGCUCAUUCUCAUCGUCCAGUGAAGUCUGUACAGAGUGCACCGAAACCGAGUCUACAAGCACAUCCACUCCAUAUGCAACCUCAUCUACUGGCACAGCUACUUCAUUUACCGCUUCAACUUCCAAUACCAUGACGUCUUUGGUCCAAACAGACACAACCGUUUCUUUCAGCCUAUCUUCAACUGUAAGCGAGCAUACCAACGCUCCAACUUCAUCUGUAGAGUCAAAUGCUAGUACUUUCAUAUCGUCAAAUAAAGGCAGCGUUAAAAGUUAUGUUACGUCAUCCAUACAUAGCAUUACGCCCAUGUAUCCUAGUAACCAAACCGUAACAUCUAGCUCUGUUGUCUCCACACCAAUUACUUCCGAAUCUUCUGAAUCCUCGGCCUCAGUUACCAUUCUACCCUCAACUAUCACUUCUGAAUUCAAACCAUCUACAAUGAAAACGAAGGUCGUUAGUAUCUCCUCAUCACCAACUAAUUUGAUUACCAGCUAUGACACUACAUCUAAGGAUUCAACUGUUGGUUCAUCCACAUCGUCUGUAAGCCUGAUCUCUAGUAUUUCUCUACCAAGUAGUUAUUCAGCUUCUAGCGAACAAAUAUUUCACAGCUCCAUCGUUAGUUCAAACGGUCAAGCAUUAACAAGUUUUUCUUCGACCAAAGUCAGUUCCUCAGAAUCUUCUGAAUCACAUAGAACAUCGCCCACUACAUCCAGUGAAUCAGGCAUCAAAUCUUCAGGCGUUGAAAUCGAAUCUACAAGUACCUCUUCUUUCAGCUUUCACGAAACUUCUACAGCCUCCACCUCCGUUCAAAUAUCUUCUCAGUUUGUGACUCCAUCCUCCCCUAUUUCCACAGUUGCCCCUCGUUCUACAGGGCUCAAUAGUCAAACUGAAAGUACAAAUUCUUCCAAGGAAACCAUGUCGUCUGAAAAUAGCGCCAGCGUUAUGCCUUCUUCAUCAGCUACAUCUCCCAAAACAGGCAAAGUUACCAGUGAUGAAACUUCUUCCGGAUUUUCUCGUGAUCGCACCACUGUGUAUAGGAUGACUUCAGAAACACCCUCCACAAAUGAACAAACAACUUUGAUUACUGUAAGUUCUUGUGAAUCAAAUAGCUGCUCAAACACAGUCUCAAGUGCUGUAGUUUCCACGGCCACCACUACCAUCAAUGGGAUUACCACUGAAUAUACUACAUGGUGCCCUCUUUCUGCUACGGAAUUAACAACGGUAAGUAAAUUAGAGUCAGAAGAAAAAACCACCCUAAUUACGGUUACUUCUUGUGAGUCUGGUGUCUGUUCCGAAACUGCUUCACCUGCUAUCGUUUCGACAGCCACUGCUACCGUCAAUGAUGUCGUUACAGUUUAUUCCACAUGGAGCCCACAGGCUACAAAUAAACUAGCGGUUAGUUCUGACAUCGAAAAUAGUGCCAGUAAGGCUUCAUUCGUUUCAGAGGCUGCUGAGACAAAAUCCAUAAGCAGAAACAACAAUUUUGUUCCAACUUCUGGGACUACUUCUAUUGAAACACAUACAACCACUACAAGCAACGCGUCUGAAAAUAGCGACAAUGUUUCUGCUUCUGAGGCUGUCAGUAGCAAAAGUGUCACAAAUCCCGUGUUGAUUAGUGUAUCUCAACAGCCUCGUGGCACACCAGCAAGUAGUAUGAUAGGAUCUAGUACAGCCUCUUUAGAGAUGUCAAGCUACCUCGGCAUUGCAAAUCAUCUACUAACCAAUAGUGGUAUUAGUAUUUUCAUUGCCUCCCUAUUACUGGCAAUCGUUUAA